AUGACCUCUGUCCCCUUCAAUGUUACUGUCGACAAUAUCUCACCUCUCAUCCAAUAUGCGCCGGCUGGAGCCUGGCGGGAAGGUUCAGCAUCUAACGAUAACCUGGCAAGCUCGUACUCUAAUGGAGGGACUUUUACCCUUUGCACGACCCAAGGCAGCUCUGCCAGCCUUACUUUCAACGGAACACAAGUCUACGUCUUUGGGGCAAAAAGACCAAACCAUGGACCUUACUCCGUGACCCUUGACGGUACUUCAUCCACCUUCGACGGAUUCUCAUCUCCCGAAUUCUUUGGCCCAUUGUUCGUUUCGAGCGUCCUCAAGCCUGGCCAGCAUACGGUCACCAUUACGAAUCAACUCACCGACGCAGCAAGACCGUUCUUGGACAUCGACUUCAUUACCUGGACAACAACUUCAGACCAGAAUGGUGCGAGCAAUACACUUGAGGAUACGAGCAGCAACUUUGCCUUCUCGCCGGCGUCGUCCUGGAGCACGGAUCUCGUUUCCAACAAGCUCACGGGAUUCAGUGGAAAUAAUGGGCAUGUAACACUAAGUGCCGGGGCAACUGCCGCGCUGACAUUCACUGGCGAACGCGUCGCUGUGUUUGGCCCCAUCGGCCCGACAAUCUCGCCGUAUAUCGUCCAGCUGGAUGGUCAACCCGCGGGUACCUUCAAUGCAACGAAGCAAAACUAUGUUGCCCAAACAACGCUGUUUGCCGCGAAUGGAUUGGGAUCUGGUCAACACAUCUUGGAGAUCAUCCCCAAACCCACCGUCGCAGGACAGAUUCUCGGCAUUGAUUUUGCUCAGGUUGCUGCAAACUUUGGGGGCUCAUCAUCAUCAGCUACCUCGAAGAAACCUACUCAAAGUGGCGGUGGGGGGAUCGGCGGAGGCGGAGCUAACUCUGCAAAUCAAUCGUCGUCUUCUAAAUCCGAAGUUGGACCAGCCGUUGGUGGGGCGAUCGCUGGAAUUGUUGUUCUUGCUGUUCUAGGCUUCCUCAUAUUCUUCGUCGUACGCCGGAAAAAGAGGCUACGGGAUGAAGAAGCAAUCAACGGGAAUGGGUUAUACGGUGGUGAUAAAUAUGGACCAGCCGGAGCACCGUCUGCGCCAUCGCAAAACUACACAAUGUCGACGAUGCACUCGAGUGGGGGACCGCAAGAAUCGUAUCACUCGCAAAACUCCCAGGCUCAGCUUAUUGGCUCGCACCAGCACCAAGCCAGUCUUUCGUACCAGCCUUCUAUGCACUCUUCAGUGUAUUCGGCACCGAUGCUAGAUCCGUGGAAUCGACCACAAAUAAUCGCAACACCAGUCCCUCCUGUUCCAGACACCCGUCGUGGAUUCUACGCGGUCAACGAUAGCGUAGCAACGUCUCCUACUUCUGAAGACGAUGGUGCAUCGUCACUUGGUCGCACAUCAACAGUUAAUUCUGCUGGCGCCGCUGGCCUAGGGGCUGGAGCAUAUCGGCGCAAAGGCGACCCACUGCCGCUUCCUCCCACAGCCAAUUUGCCGUUACCGCCAGGAACUAGUCGAAUGCAAGUCCCGGGACGAGAACAAGACUUUGGUCCCGUCAACUCUGACUUCGCACCAUUACCUCCUUCGUAUAUUCAAGCAACAGAGCCUGCUCGAAGCACAGAAAACCAGACUUACUACUCUGGCAGCUCGGUAACCUCCGACCCUUAUGGCGGCUAUGUCAGCGAGGCAGGCUCGCCUACACGAACGCAGUAUUCGCAAGGACAUAGGUAG